AUGGACAACGAACCUUCCACCACCACUCCAGAGCACGAAGACAUCGGUGACCACACAGCUGCUCCGGAUCAAGCUUCAGUCGACCAAACCGAGAUGCUCCCCGACAUGAACGUUCCCGAAAGCGACCGCGAAGUUUCUGCCACCAAGCCCGGAGAUCUCGUCAUCAUGAGCGACAUCAAAGCCUUGGAUGAAGCUCCUACAGCUGCCGACCAGGAGCCGCUCGAUGCAAGCGAUUGUUUCUCACAAUGUGAAUCAUGGAUUCAGAGUGUUUCGGAAGAUGAUCCAGACGAGCCGUGGAUCCCUGUGCCUACCCUGGUCAAGAAGGACAUGGUCAAGGUCGAGAUCAAGGGCACAGGAAAGUCAUUCACCGUCCACAAAGAGCUGCUAUGUCGCCACUCAGAUUACUCCAAGACUGCUCUAAACAGUGCAUGUUUGGAGGCCAAGACGAACAAGUUCUUGCUGGAGGAGCGUAUCGACCUGUUCAAGAUUUUCGUCUACUGGCUCGAAUCUCGCAACCUGGACUUCCUAAAGCUUGAGGAGUGGAUCAAGUCCUCAGCUGACGACGUCUCGACUGCCUUCGUGGAGAUUUACUGCUUCGCCAACCGCAGAGGCCAGCCUGUGGACAUUGCAAAGCUGCACACUCAGGUCAAGUCUAAUGGCGGUUCGGCUGCCAAAGUUCGCAACUGGGGCACCGCCUGCACUGCCAUGGGCAUCAAAGCCCCUGCCGGCUGCGACCAGCCCAAGCUCCAGGGCCACUUGAGAGGUUUGUACAGAAGAUGGAUGCGUCCCUGGGACACCACAAUCACUCCUUCUGAGGUGAAGACAGCCGAAGAAGAAUGCCCAAGACCUUUUGUCAAGGAGUUCUUCCACAAUGCUGUGGUCGUGGAGAAGACCAAGCUGAAGCCCGUUCCCAACAAGCCAUACAACAGUAACGAUCGUUACGAUUACUAA